CCUGAUUAAAUACCCACCUUCAAUAAAUACCAGAAUAAAUAAAUACUCACCUUAAUCAAGUCAACCUCCACAAGACAAGAAAAGAAUUUUAAAAGAAAUACGCGAAAUCCGAAUUAGAGGCUCGGAAAAUCGGCUAACAAGUCGGCGCGAGUGCGUUAUCUUUGCCCAUUGUCCAAUGUGAAUGAAUAGCUUCGGGAAACCCAAGGCAAUCGCGGAAAAAUGUGCAUGUGCAGCAAAUCCGCCCGCACAAGCACCCACACAUAUAGUAUACACAGUGAGUGAGGCGACAUCCCAGAUCCCAACCAGAACGGAGUGCCAAAUAACAACACGAAUUGUGUCCAAAAACUGACUUCGCGUUGCGUUACGUAUACGCAGCGAGUGCUGUAAACGAGUUAACCAGGCGCCCCAGUGAUAACGCCGACCAUGUCCAAAUACGAGGUGCUGCUUUAUCUAACGUCGCAGCUACUGCUGGCCUUCAUCCUCAAUGGCACACAGGGAUCUGUCCUGCCCGAGUCCCACCACAAUAUCAUGUGCGAGCAUUACGAUGAAAAGUGGUGCAACAAGUCAGCAAAUGAGACGUCACACUGCGAGACGCGAAUCGAACACUGCCAGGAGGAAGGUGGCAAGGUUCCCAGCUGCUAUGUCCUGUGGAGCCACAACGAGGAGACGGGCGACAUGAGAGUCAAGAUGAAGGGAUGCUUCACAUUCAUGCACGAAUGCAAUCAGACGGAGUGCGUGACCAGCGCGGAGCCGCGAAAGGAAAACAUUCACUUUUGCUGCUGCAUGGGAUCUCGCUGCAACUCCGACCACAAGUACAUCAGAACCACUACAGAGGCGACCACACAAGUGCCAAAGGAAAAGACGCAAGACGGCAGCAACCUGCUGUACAUCUAUGUGGGCACCUCCAUCUUCACGGUGCUCAUGGUCAUCCUGUGGGCCUCUCUGUUCUUGUAUCGCCGGCGAAAGCAGGCCCAUUUCAAUGAAAUACCCACGCACGAGGCGGAGAUUACGAACUCGUCGCCCUUGCUAAGCAAUCGCCCCAUCCAGCUGCUGGAGCAGAAGGCCAGUGGGCGCUUCGGCGAUGUGUGGCAGGCCAAGCUGCAUGGCCAGGAUGUGGCCGUUAAAAUCUUCCGCAUGCAGGAGAAGGAGUCGUGGUGCACAGAGAACGAGAUCUACAAGCUGCCGCGCAUGCGCCAUCCGAAUAUACUGGAGUUCCUGGGCGUGGAAAAACAUAUGGACAAGCCGGAAUACUGGUUGAUCUCAACGUACCAACACAAUGGCUCCUUGUGUGACUACCUCAAGUCGCACACCCUCACAUGGCCCGAACUGUGUCGCAUCGCCGAAUCCAUGGCGAAUGGACUGGCACACCUGCACGAGGAGAUUCCAAGCUCGAAAACAGACGGACUAAAGCCCUCCAUUGCUCACCGAGACUUCAAGUCGAAGAACGUUCUGCUCAAGGGCGACCUGACUGCUUGCAUUGCGGACUUCGGCUUGGCCAUGAUCUUUCAACCAGGCAAGCCGUGUGGCGACACUCACGGCCAAGUGGGCACCCGUCGUUACAUGGCUCCUGAGGUCUUGGAGGGAGCCAUAAACUUCAAUCGCGACGCCUUUCUGCGCAUUGAUGUAUACGCUUGCGGGUUGGUUUUGUGGGAGAUGGUAUCGCGCUGCGACGUUGUCGGACCUGUCGGCGAGUUCCAACUGCCGUUCGAGGCGGAGCUGGGGCAAAGACCCACCUUGGACGAGGUGCAGGAGAGUGUGGUGAUGAAAAAACUUCGACCGAGCCUGCUCAGCUCGUGGCGUACGCAUUCGGGCCUCAACGUGUUCUGCGACACAAUGGAGGAGUGCUGGGACCACGACGCGGAAGCGCGCUUGAGCUCGUCCUGUGUAAUGGAGCGUUUUUCACAGCUCAACAAAUAUCCCUCGGCCCAGCUACUGAUCAAGAACCACACCAAUAUCGAUGACGCAAAGGAGUCUACAAACUGCUUAUAGAAGCGGUACUAAGCCACAGGCUACUUUAGCUGUGGCUCUCGAAACAGCGAAACAGUCGAGGAUUCGUUUGUAGUUUAAUAGUUUAAGAAAUGUCAUCAGCAUCAAUCGCUCAUAAAAGUAGUCGGGGGUGAAGCAUCGGAUGAGCGUAGGAAGAUAUAUAAUUUGUAGAUACUUUCCGCUUCCUGAAUUCGGAUACAAUCUGCCGUGGUCUUGCGUGAUCUUUGAGUAAGGCAGGUAUAUACAGUAUAAUUGGCUUAACUGCAUCGAGUCGAUGGCCAGAGAUUUGGAGGCAGCAUAUUUUUUAAUAAAAGAGUAACAGGCAGCUUACGUGGUGCAGCAAAGUAAUUUUCAUACGAAAAAAGCCAUGAAUGGAAACACAAUAUUAUUUAAGGCAGCUGGUAGUCUUAUCGGUGCAGCUAAGCAUUGAGGCAGGUGCAUUAUACUGUAUACCCAAAGCGAAAAAGAACAAAAGCAUAGGACGCGGCGCUAAGUGGCAUAUAUGUGUUAGCAACUCGUCCCAUAUUGACUUCAUUGACUGAUAACCGUACAUAGUUCUAUAUAUAUAAAAUCAAGAAAAAUGACGUACAACUUGAUUGCAGCCUCCGGCAGCAGUAGUUUUUUGUGCAGCUGUAAAACUGUUUUUGAAGCCUUUAAAAAUAUUUUUUGUGCGUUAUCGAGAUCCUCUCCAUCUAGCAUAAGAGUAAUAUUAAUUUCUGUCAAAUAUCUUUACGUUAAAUUUUAAUUUUACCCCGUAGUCGUAAUAUUUUUAUUUCCAGAACAUUUGCAUGUGUUUUUUAAUGUUGUAUUUUAAAUAAAAGAAAAAAUACUUGAAACUCUA